UUAAGACUACAUUACCCAUAAUCCUCUUACCAUGACGGUCCCGCUUUUAAGCGUUGCCUGUGUUGGGUUUAAAAUCACCCACAGCAACGGGGGCGAGGAAGUGGAAACCUCUUUAAAACCUUGUAAUUUAAAAUAAACAGUGGAAAGUACACAACUAACAAUGAACGCAAACGCGAAAUAUUCACCCUUACAAAAAAGUGGACAACAGCAUAAAAUGUCUGGAGCAGACCGCAGGACCAGGCCAGCAGAAGUUCCUGUGCUAAAGUUAGACGCCCUGCAAAACACGGAGGAGGAAGAGGAGCAUCUUGCCAUACAUGUAAAGGAUGCUGCUAUGAAGAUUGUUUCAGGAGAUCUGUCAGCCAUGAGCUGGGGCUCUUCAGCCUCCACACCGACGAAGCAGUGUUUUACAAGCAAAAUGAAGGAUUCAAUUCAAACUCAAGUGGCUCUAAAUAAUGAAGAAUCACUCCAGCUGAGCCACAGAGCUCAGACGCAGAGAAGUCCACAGUACAGUAACAAACCAAACCAGCAUUCACCCGACUUCACCUGUAAAAACACAACACUGACAAGUUUCAACACCGUACAGGUCAACAGCAAGAUGAGGGAUGCGGAGGGGCUUACAGAGGAGAGGAAACUGCAAGCUGUAAUUGAGCAGGUUAUGGUGGACCAGCUGUCGAGGGCUGUCAUUAGCGAUCCGGAGCAGAAUGCUGUGUCUGUCAGUCCCACGAGUGUCCCACCACGCUACAGGAGAACUCUUCACCACACUCAGGUAAAAACUCGGAUGUCUUUAACAGAGAACAUCUUAUCCAACAAGCUCUGCUUUCAAGCCAGGAUUUUAUCAAGGUGUGGACGUGAAGCGUGUCGAAAACUGAUUGGCUUCUUUUUCACAUGUGACCAAACAAUGACCAUAUACGAGUACCGGAAUUUUGGUAAAAACAGAUGGAACGCUCUGCCCUUUAUCGCUCGUGGUGUGUACUGGAACAGAGGGAGGCCGUACUGCCUGCAGGACAUCUCACAGGGUGCCGAGCUUCAUUUCUGUACAGACGGCCCACACCUCCCCCAGAGUCUGAGACAGCAGCCGUGCCUGAGCCUCACAGUUACUGAUGUGGAUGACGGAGCCAAGGGAGCCCUGCUAGCUCAGUCUAGGGAGACUCUACACCAUCGCUCUGAAGAGGAAAUCAACGAGCAAAACAAUCUGAAGGAAAUACAAGGUGCAGUUCGUGAUAGGCUAAGGGGUCGUGCGAUUCAAACCCUGAUCAGUCUAGGAAGAGACAUGCAGAAGAUGUUUGAUCUAAAGGCUGAUGAUGUUCAGCAAAAAGAGCUGCUCAGACAAUCUCUGAUGGGGCAGCUCUGCAUCACUACACAGGACUUCGAGGCGGUGUGGAGGAUUGUGAGUCGGCGUGUGGAGGGGCGGGCGAAUCCUACUGAUGUGAUGCGUGCCGUUACCGGGGAGAUGAGUGAGAACAGAAAAGCCCUUUUCCUGAAGGUUUAUGUAAAGCUUGACCCAAAUAAAACCGGCUCCAUAUUUCUGAGCGACAUUGAGAAAUUCUAUAGAGAUAAACAAGAGGCUGACACAGCACUCGAUCCCUGUCUAAAGCCUGACUUCCUGGCCUUCAUACGGGAAGCAGGAAAGGUCACCAAGACUGUGUCCUACGCCGAGUUCGAGGACUAUUAUGAAGGUCUGAGUAUUGAAAUCUUUGAUGAUGAAGAAUACAUCAACAAUCUGAGAGCUACAUGGAGCAUCUGAAAGUAUCUGCCUUGUU